AUGUCACAUUAUGCUAGAGAUCACUGGAUUUUACUGAAUGGAGCACAGGCUGCCAGAGCAGAGGUAGAAUCUCCUCGCACUGCAUUAGGAGUGCCUCAAGCCUCCGUGACUCCUUUUGAUCAAAUCUCUGUGAAAGAUGAGUGUCAUGCCCUCUUCGAGCCAGCUGUGAGGGGACUGCCCUGCGACUGGAGGAGCAUGCUGGAGCACAGCACUCCGGGGCAGCGAGGUGAGAGCUGGCUGCAGAGUGAAGAAACAGAAGAAUUUGCAACAGCCAAAUAUGCUUGCAGUGGACAUAAAUGUAGUAUGGAUGGAAAAUCUUUUGUUCAAGGGGCUAUCCGAUGCACUCUGGUGAACUGUAGUUGCCAGUGUUUCAAACCUGGGAAAAUAAAUCAGCGACAAUGUGACCAGUGCCGGCAUGGAUGGGUAGCACAUGCCCUGAGCAAAUUAAGGAUUCCCAACCUCUAUCCAUCAAGCCAGGUAGAAAUAGUUCAAUCCAAUGUUGUCUUCGAUAUCAGUAGCCUCAUGCUAUAUGGAACCCAAGCCAUUCCUGUACGCCUUAAAAUUCUGCUAGAUAGACUUUUCAGUGUUCUGAAGCAGGAAGAAGUGAUACAGAUUCUCCAUGCUCUGGAUUGGACACUACAGGAUUAUAUACGUGGAUAUGUGCUACAGGAUGCUUCAGGAAAGGUACUGGAUCACUGGAGCAUAAUGACCAAUGAAGAAGAACUGGCUACUUUGCAGCAAUUUCUUCGUUUUGGAGAAACUAAGUCCAUUGUAGAGUUAAUGGCAAUUCAGGAGAAAGAAGGUCAAUCAAUUAUAAUACCACCACCAGCUGCUAAUUUGGAUAUUAGGGCAUUCAUAGAGAGCUGCAAUCAACAUAGUCCUAAUUUUUCUGCUUCCUUGGACAAAAUGAGCCCCACUAACAUUCAUCCCUUUGAGAAUAUUGUAAAUAACAUGGCCUUCAUGUUGCCAUUCCAGUUUUUCAGUCCAGUGCCUCCACCUUUGAUAGGUUCACCACCAGAAAGACACUUGAUUGAUCAAGGUCAAGACCAUAGCAAUGAAACUAAACAAGAUGUUCAUAUACCAUUUUCUGAAAGCAGCUUCUUAACUUCUAGUUCUGCACCAUUUCAAGUUGACAAUGAGAGGAGCAUAAAUGGUCCAGAUGUCACCACUAAAACAGAAGAUGAUGCCCUUUUAAGUGAUUCCAGUUCACAUAAUACAGCAGCAAAGCUUGAAAUGACAGCACUAUCUCCAGAAACCAAAAUGAAAUCUGUUGAAAAAAAUGGCACUGGGCCAAGGAAAGGGCGUGUUUUCUGCACUGCAUGUGAAAAGACAUUUUAUGACAAAGGUACUUUGAAAAUACAUUAUAAUGCUGUUCAUCUGAAGAUAAAGCACAAAUGCACAAUUGAGGGCUGCAAUAUGGUAUUUAGCUCUUUGCGUAGUCGAAAUCGUCAUAGUGCAAAUCCUAACCCCAGACUCCAUAUGCCAAUGAAUAGGAAUAACAGGGAUAAAGAUCUCAGAAAUGGUUUGACCCUUGCUGGACCUGGAGAUAGUAAAAGGACAGAAUUUACAAUUUUAACUCCAGAUAGCAGAACUAUUACCAGCUAUGCCAGCUCUUGUACAGACGCAAAGGGUCAGGCUGGAUUUCCCAGUAUUGGACAGAAUGGUGUCCUCUUUCCAAACCUAAAGACAGUACAGCCUGUUCUUCCUUUUUAUCGUAGCCCAGUUACACCAGCUGAGCUUGCUAAUACUCCAGGUACUCUUCCUUCUCUGCCUCUCGUUUCUUCCUCAAUACCAGAGCAGCUUAUUUCAAAUGAAUUGCCAUUUGACAUGCUACCUAAGAAGAAAUCUCGUAAAUCAAGUAUGCCUAUUAAGAUAGAGAAAGAAGCUGUUGAAACACCUAAUGAAAGUAGUGAUGUUGCCAGUUCUGAAGAUGAUACACGUCUGCAAGUGGUAAGCGAUGGAGAGCUUGAGUCCUGUGAGCAUAAGAUAGAGAAGCGGGUGACCGACAGGGUGGAAAAUCACCCCCAUUCAGGUAAUUCAUGGAAAUCUAUCUCUGGGGUAGAGGGCCCAAAGUAUUUUGAAUCUGUCUUUGCGCCAGAUAACAAAUACAUCAAGGAUAUCUCUGAAAAUGAAUUGCAUCACUGUGAGAAAGAGGUUAAACCAGAAGAAAACCAACCAUUAAAAAUAGUUCCCCAUGAGAUUAUAUAUGAAGAUCCAAAACACCACCACAAUGAUGUUAUAAAACCAAUGACUGAACCCCCCAUGUAUAUUAAAGAGCAGUCAAAGCGCAGGAUUCCUAAAGAUGACUGCCCUGAAUUGCAACACCACUUGCUGACCGGGGGCUUUUUCAGCACUUUGUCAAACAGGGGUGCUGCCAUUCCUUGUUUUGAAGACUCUAAAGAUAUGGAUCAUGUCAGUCAACAUGCACUAGGGAUUCAGAAGGAAGAAAGCCGCUUUCAUUGUGACAUCUGUAAGAAGACUUUUAAAAACCCUUACAGUGUAAAAAUGCAUUUUAAAAAUGUACAUCUCAAAGAAAUGCAUAUUUGCACAGUUGAGGGUUGUAAUGCUGCUUUCCCUUCUCGUAGAAGUCGAGACAGACAUAGUUCAAACCUAAAUCUUCAUCAUAAGCUUCUGACUAAAGAUACACUGGAAUUCAACAACCAUUUCAAUGCAGCAUACCUCUUGAAAGACAUGGCUAAGGAGUUUUGUCAAGAUGUCUCUUUAAAACAACAUGUUGGACAUACUUCUGUAAUCUUCAAAGGAAUGAACAGAACAGGCAGCUUGGUUUUUCCAAUGAGCAAAAUUAGAGAACCCUGUUCUGAGAGUUACGGAUAUGAUCCAUUGAAUGAUGGAGCUGUUCUGGAUCUAAGCACUACUUCCAGCAUUAAAUCUGAGAGCAGUGCCCAUUCUUCUUGGGAUUCUGAUGGAGGAAGUGAAGUGUGCACCAUGCCCUUGGAUGAUAGUGAUGAAAGCUGUGAAGGACCCAGCCUAAUGCCUAACGAUGAACUCUACCAAGACUGUACUUUAAUUGAGAAAGCUAAUCAGAACUUUAUAAAUUUACCUUCCAGUUUGCCAAUAACUUGUCAUAUAUGUCAAAAAACUUACAGUAAUAAGGGAACUUUCAGGGCUCAUUACAAAACUGUGCAUCUCCGCCAACUCCACAAAUGUAAAGUCCCAGGUUGCAACACAAUGUUUUCAUCUGUUCGCAGUCGGAACAGGCACAGUCAAAACCCUAAUCUGCACAAAAGUCUGGCUGGGUCACCAACUAGCCUACAGUAAGAUCAUGCUGAUCUGAAUCUGUUUCUGCUAGGAAUUAAUCAUUUCAAUUAAGGAAUGUGUUAAAAAUAGUUUUGUUUAAACUCAUUUGACUUCUAGCCCACUCAACAACCACGGUCAAAUUCUUUUCUUCCUUGUGUGCUCUCCGGCAGUUUUAUUUAGCAAAGCUUGGUGCCAUAGA